AUGUGCAACAAAGAGGGCCUCAGGUUCCCAUGGGUGGAGGACAUAACCGACACACACCCGAGAAGCUACCUUGUGAAGCUUGAACUUUUUGAGGAUGAUCAUCUGAGAGCGAAGAAAAGCCUGAAAGCAGACCACCCUGAGAGUUCAGGUAGUAGUAGUAAGCAUGAGAAGCUGGAGAUAUCAUCGCAAGAUGAGCUCAUUAAGUUUGAGCUUAAGGUCGACAAGGUCACUAAACUCACCACCUCGAUCAGCGGCCAGUACGCUCACUGCGACGUCUCUGUCGAGAGUGGCAUGGAGCAUGCGGUCCUGGUGGCGGUCGAUUGGAAAGGCCGGCUAGUUAUCAUGUUCAACAACUCAGGCGUGAUAGAGCCAGAUGGAAGCAUCACAGGCCUCAAAACCGAGCCUCAGGCAUCCCUACUCGCCGUGAACCUCUAUAAGGUCGUCCAAUGGGCCAUCCUGGGCUUGGCGAAGAGCACAGCCUGCGAGCUUGGGGUGCAUGAGAUCCAGGUGGACUGCGUCUCUCUGCACGGGAUUCAGGUGAACUGCGUCUCUCUGCACGGGGUGCCCUUGGAGAUGCUCGUGGGUGGUACAGACGGGUGCUUGGGCAUCUGA